AAGCUAAAGAGAUUGGUAACCGCAUAGCUUUUAGCUUUACACUCGCUAGUUCACAAGAGUUUCUCAACUUUUACCAGUAAAAAUAAACAGAUUCUUUAUCUUUUAAAACCUGUUUAACUCUAGGUAAGUUAAGUUUAAGUAGUCUAGUUUGUUUUUAUAUGUGAACGGACAAUGCAGAGAAGCUAUGGCUAGCUGUUAGCAUAACACGGAUCCCUGUUUGUACACCCUGAGCUUCUUGGCAUGCCGAGUCUGAGCUCCCCUCCUGCGGACACUGGCACAGGAAAAGCCGUGGUCAUGAUGAGGCCUGGCGGAUGUAGACCAGAGGAAGCAGAAGAUACUGGUCCUCAUUCAGAAGAGACAGAAGAUACAGAAGAAGAUUGGCUGAUUUUUCCGCAUUCCCUAAAUAAAUAGGAGCUUAUCACACCUGUUUCCAGCUACUCCAGCUACUGCCUGAUCCCAGUAUGUUUUGCUUGGAUAGCAGUUUCUUUACCUAUGAGACGACCAAGUCAGUGGUGGUCAAAAGAAGAUCACUGGGCAUCAUCAACCGCAUUGCUCAGGCGCUCAUCAUCAUAUACUACAUUGGUUAUAUAUUUAUCCAUGAGAAGGCCUAUCAGGACCGUGAUACGGGGAUUGAGUCAGCGGUCAUGACUAAAGUGAAAGGUGUUGGGAGGCAACACGAUCAGCUGAUGGACGUGGCUGACUACGUGCAUCCACCACAGGGUGCCUACAUGUUCUGCAUCAUUACCAAAAUGAUCAAGACACACAAUCAGACGCAAGGACGCUGCCAUGAGGCUGACAAGAAGUUCAAUUGUUCCACUGAUGCAGACUGUGAGAAAUAUCGCUCUUCAAAUAUGCCCAGUGGGGAGAUUACAGGCAAGUGUUUGGGAGAAUUUUCUCAGUGUGAGAUAAAAGGCUGGUGCCCGUCGGAGGAUGAUAGUAAUUCUAAAGACAUAACGGCCAUGAAAGAGGUUGAGAACUUCACAAUCUUUAUCAAGAACAGCAUUCGCUUCCCACGCUUCAACGUCAAAAGAGGAAAUAUUGAGCCCGAAAUGCAGGACAAAACAUGUCAUUACCACCCAGUUCACAACACAUCCUGCCCCUUCUUCCGAGUGGGAGAUGUGCUUAAAGAAGCCAACGCAAGUCUCAGUGACAUUAUAAAAAAUGGUGGAGAAAUUGGGAUCAACAUAGCCUGGUUGUGCAACCUGGACUUGGGCGUGGAGAAAUGUAAACCGAAAUACAGCUUCACUCGGCUGGAUACAGAAACUAAAUUAUCUCAGGGAUACAACUUCAGGUUUGCAAAGUACUACAUGUCAGCUGAUGGCGAGGAGUUUCGGACACUUCAUAAAGCUUUUGCCAUACGCUUCGAUAUAAUCGUGUCUGGUGAUGCUGGAAAAUUCUAUAUAAUCCCAACACUAAUUAAUAUAGUUGCAGCGUGUACCUCGGUGGGCCUGGCAACAGUCUUCUGUGACAUCAUCCUGUUAAACUUCCUGAAUGGAUCAGAGCAGUACAAGGCAAAGAAAUUUGAGGAGGUUAGUGGUCCAGCACAGAGGUCAGAAAGUCAUGAACUCAAGGGGAGCCAAAUCACGUUUAAAGAGGAAGGAAAGAGCUGUAAUGACUCUGGAGCUUAUUCUUCUCAUUCAGAGACACUUGUGUGUUCACACUGAUAAUUCUCACAAGAUACUGCCGGUCACAAUCAUUACCGCCUACUGCACUGUCCACUGUGGAUGGUAAUGCCUUAUAUGACGUAUUUGCAGUACAUGUGUGACACUAUGGUUUAAUGAAUGUAAUGCCCAAACAACUUUGAAAUAUCAAAAAUAUCUCAAAAUAUCUCAUCCAUCUGGCACCCACUGUCAGGCAUUCCCAAUCCAUUCCCUGUUGUAGCAUUUUAUAAUCAAUUUACAUUCCACUAUCCUGUGACUUUUGGCAUGUCAGUGUAUUGCUGUAGAUACAUUUACUCUUUCCUUACCAUAAAUGAAGUGUGCUUUAAGUAAAAAAUAUAAACAAGACAAUCAAAUACUUUAUUAAAUGUUUUAUAGAGGACACCAAAUGAUGUAAAGAUCAUUAAGAAAUGAGUAGCAGUGUAUGUUGUAUUAUUGUGUGAAAAACAAUAGUGAAUUGGUUAUAAAAUAUUAAUUACUUCCUGUUCUGAUCUCUAUUUCUCAUUUUGAGAUUGCUGUAUAAAUAUAAGAGUACUUAACUUAUUUCUAGUCACUGUAUGUAUUGACUGUGUCUCUUACUGCUAUUCAACAACACUUUAGAGUGUAUUUCUAAUUUCUGCUUAUUUUUCUUUUAGAAUAUAACCAGUUCUAUAUUUUAAAGGACAACAAAUUCUUACCACAAUCUUAAAAUGAGAAAUAGUGUUGUUAAAUAAACACAGAUAUUGCAGUAGAACCAUAUACACUAUUUCAUAUAUAACAAUGUAUUAUAGUGAGAAAUAGUGGAAACUUCCUUUCAUAUCAAUUUUCCUGGAAUACCACAGAUCUUAAAAUAGAUGCAUGUUUGGAAUUCCUAGAUUCCAUGUGUUGAGCUAACAUUUUUACAGACAAAAACAGAAAUAUAUGAAAAUAAACUUAAACACUGUACUUAAUACAUACACAAUCUGCAUAAAUACCAUUAAUUAUACAUUCAAACACCACUUGUAUCACUAACAGUUGAUUUUUAGUCUCGUUCUUGGGAUCUUACACUAUGCACAAAAUUGUCACACCAGAUUAUACUAAUUAAUUAACUAGUUACUUAUUAAUAAGCUGCACAAGUGCUGAAUCAGGAAGAGUAGAAAAAAUAGUAUCCAGAGCAUGGAGCACUUACCCAAGAGCACCAACUAACGUGGGACAUUAUACAUCUAUAAAACAUUCAUUCAAGGACAUCCAGAUUUGACUGGACAUUGACAAUUGCAUAAUAAAAAGUAAAUUCAUUGCUAUUUUUAAUUACUUUUUUAUGUUAAAAAAAUGUUUUAAAGACUUUAAAACAUGGGGAUGGUCAUCUUACUCAUGUCUUAUAAACGGAAAACACUACUCUAGGAUUUACAAAAGCUCCUUAUGUAAUUGUGAUAAGUGGGAUAAGUGGCUUCCUUAAAUAAAAAAAACGGAAAACA